AUGGUGUGUCCUCUGAACUGCAUCGUCGCUGUGUCCCAGAACAUGGGUAUCGGCAGGAAUAGGGACUUGCCCUGGACCCCGCUCAGGAAUGAAUUCAACUAUUUCCAGAGAAUGACCACAACCACCUCAGUGGAAGGUAAGCAGAAUCUGGUGGUAAUGGGUAGGAAGACCUGGUUCUCCAUUCCUGAGAAGAAUCGACCUUUGAAAGACAGAAUUAAUAUAGUACUCAGUAGCAAACUCAAGGAACCUCCCCAAGGAGCUCACUUUCUUGCCCAAAGUCUGGAUGAUGCCCUAAAGCUUAUUGAGCAACCAGAAUUAGCCAACAAGGUGGACCUGGUGUGGGUCGUGGGUGGCAGCGCUGUUUACAAGGAAGCCAUGGAUCAGCCAGGUCAUGUCAAGCUGUUCAUGACAAGGAUCAUGCAGGAAUUUGAAAAUGACACAUUUUUUCCAGAAAUUGAUUUGAAGAAAUACAGGCUUCUCCCGAAAUACCCAGGUGUGCUUUCUGAGGUCUAGGAGGAGAAAGGCAUUAAGUACAAAUUUGAAGUAUAUGAAAAGAAUGAUUAAUGUGAAGGUGUAUUCUGAUCUAUUCCAAGUUGUUUCUCUUCCUCCUAAACAAAUUAUGUAUUUAUAAGUUAGGAAAAAAAUAUUUGCUCUGGUUUUUGAUC